UCAACCGAGGUCAGCAAAUUAGCAAUGAAAAGCCAGCUAAACCGAGCUAAUGGGUCUUCCGUCAGCUAAACCGUCAGCUGAAGGAUGGCUUAUGUGUGAAAACAUCGUGCAUGCGUACGUUCUGAAGAUACAGAUAGCUGGAGCAUAUUAUACAGCGAACAGAGGUGUUUUUAAUGAUUUAUGUCGAUAUACUGAAGGCUGGUUAUUACAGUUACGGUGAUAAAAGUCAUUCCUUAAUAACGAAAGUGACUUUUUAUUAUAAAAUCGUUCGAAAAAUCAUACAGAAUGUAACAUUGCAAGUAUAACGCCUAAGAGUGAUUCUCUUACAGUACACCUACAAAAAAUGUAAUACCUUUAUAAGAGAAGUAUAAAUAAUGAAAAAUACAGCAUGAUACUAGCAUACGUUACAGCAGAAACGUGAAAAAAGCACUACAAAUCGUAACCUGUGAAAGCAGAAAUAAAAUGCUUUAUAAUUAACAAGUAAAUCUUCCAAUCAGUGACUCCAGUGAAAAAAGAAAAAUUCAUCGUACUUUUCAGUAGAUUCUGUCUACUGAAAACGUAUGAAUUAUCCUAAGAAUUUGGAAACACAAGAAGAACACAUCGAGAUAGUAACGACCUGAGGCAGAGGACAUCCUUUGGAAGCUGUGAGGGCAGAACACGAAAACCGAAAUAGAACGGAAGUGUAACAGAGACUAUAGGCCUAAGGACGGAAGGGAAUAUUGUUUAAAUAAUCGAGGACAAACCUGUAGACCGACCACCAUGUCAACUCGCUCGGAGGCGAGAAGUAAGCGGCGCUAUAGCGCCGUGAAUCUGACAGAUAUAGCCGAAGAAUUCUGGGACCGCAAUGACCCAGGGAAGACACGGAGGAUACCGACGGGCGCCAUGAGAGACAGGAUCCUCUUCACGGAGGAGGCCGAUGGGAUGCCCAACGCCCUGGUCAUCCAGCUCCUGCAGAAGGCCGACGCCAACCACGACGGGUACAUCGAGUACGAGGAGUUCCUCAGCCUGAAGGACUCGGUGGUGGAGUACUCGAAGGCCCGCAACACCUUCAACAGGGCCGCCCUCAGCGUCGUCCCAAGAAGCGAGAGGACGCUGCAGAAGCGAGUCUACCUGCAGGAGUAUUCUUGCUGCCCUCCGCCUUUGUUUAUGAUCGUCGCCAUGAUUGUCGAGGUCGUGGUCUUCAUCUACUACAUGGUGGACAUGGGACUGCCCAUGGGCGUGUCUGGGCCGGCUCCUGUCUACUCCCCUCUCAUUUACAACCCCUACAGGAGGUACGAGGCCUGGCGGUACGUUUCCUACUGUCUCAUCCACUCUGGCUACAUGCACCUAAUCAACAACCUCAUCGUCCAAACAAUUUUGGGAGUCAUCCUCGAAAUGGUCCACGGUUGGUGGAGGGUGGGAUUCAUCUACCUCUCAGGAGUCCUAUUCGGCGCCCUUGCCCAUUCCAUCACGUCCCCGAAGACCUACCUGGCAGGGGCAUCUGGAGGGGUAUUUGCCGUGGAAUACGCCCAUCUGGGGAAUCUACUUCUGAAUUGGUCUGAGAUGGAGUACCGCUGGGUCCAGCUGGUGAUUAUCGUCGUGCUAAGCAGCAGUGACCUCGGCUUUGCCAUCUAUGAUACGUACUUCAGUCCGAAUCCCUCGAAUACGGGUCAUAUGGCUCACCUAGGCGGAGCCGUUGCUGGCAUCCUGGUGGGAAUCUACAUCCUGAGGAACCUCGAGCAGAAGAGGUGGGAGAAGUACUGCUGGUGGGUGGCCCUCGUGGUGUUCCUCAUCCUGGUGGGUACGGGCGUGGUCCUGAACAUAGCACUUCCGGUCCCCGAAUUCUUCCCGUACGACGACGAAUCUACGAUCGUUCUAGCAAGGGAGCUGUUCAAGUUGAGGCAGGUAUGAAAGAUGCGCCUAGAAAGAAAACGGAAUACGCGUAAUAGAAAAUGGGGUUUGGGUCACUAAUAAGCACAAGAAGAGGAGUUAAAGAUGAGAAGUUCCA